AUGAGACAGAGACCGGCGACGGGGAGACCGACGGGCGACGACGAUGAGUUGCUGAAGGCUGAAGUCGAGGGUCAGGGACUCAGGGUCUCAGGAUCAGGGACGGAUAUGGCAAAAAGGAACGCUCAGGAGGCCUACCAAAGGGUCCAGGAGGCCAAGGCGAAGUCCCGGGCUAGGUCCGGGGGUGCCAGGGCGAUCACCUCUCCUCCUCCUCCUCCUCCUCCUCCUAAGAACACUGGCACUCCUUCUCAACCCAUUGUAGUUAUUGAUGGCGCCAUCGUUGAUCCUCCUGUCCCCGAGGUCAUUUCCGAGUCAGACCUGAAGACUCGGGGGCAGAGGAUUAUUGAGUCUCCUCCUCGUCCUAAGGAGGCUCCGAGUUCUUCCUCCGUUCCUCCGACCGGUCCUGAUGGUGCCCCUCCUGAGCCUAGCGGUGGUGAUUCCUCUACUCCUUUGAAGAAAUGA